AUGUCUCGGUCCAGCCGGCGUGGGCCAUGGUUGCCAGAAGAGGAUGCGACGCUGCUGCAUCUUGUCCGCACACAAGGCCCGAACAAUUGGGUACGAAUCUCUCAACACAUGCAACAUCGAUCGCCGAAGCAAUGCAGAGAGCGCUAUCACCAGAACCUCAAGCCUUCGCUGAAUCACGAGCCUAUUUCUGCCCAGGAAGGUGAACUGAUCGAACAGCUAGUCCAGGAUAUGGGCAAGCGCUGGGCAGAAAUCGCAAGGAGGCUGGGGAAUCGCAGCGACAAUGCGGUAAAGAACUGGUGGAACGGCAGCAUGAACCGAAGGAAGAGAAGUACCGUACCGCCAGGGGUUGCCUCGAAGGCAGUGGGAUACCGGGCGCAACCCAUUCCUGCAGCCCCUCCCCCACUGUCACUGCACGAGCAUUUGUAUUUGCGCAAGCAAUCUGUACCAGAAUUAUUCUCUGGUCCACCUCAGUCUCAUCGGCAGGGGAUCAGUCUAUCGAGCAUCUUCGGAGAACCUCAUCGAUUCAGUGCGCCUCCGCCAGCGGAAACCGAUGGCCUCAAGCCUCGCACAGAGCACAGGCUCCUGUUUCACCCUCAGCAUGAACAGCACAACACCAGCACAGGUCCUGAUUCGAGUAAUUCCUGGCACUUCUGCCCUGAAGCAAAUCCUCUACAGCGGCUCAAUAGCUGGCCAUCCAGUCGAUCGGAAUAUCAACUGGCCCCGUUGAAUCUUCCCGAACCGCCCGCAGCCUCUCCUGCGGCCACUGAAGUGUCACAGGCGUCCUCUCACCAGCACGCACCAUCUCUCAUCUCGGACAAUCAAUCCAACUGUUCUAUUUCUCCCAAGACGGUCACCUCUCUUCGAACAGGGAUGCCUGCUACCAAGAUACCAUCAAUGGACAACUGGCCGGAGAUGCAGCGCAGAAAUAGCGCUGGCAUCUGUUUAGAUCAUGACAGCGAUGGCACGCGCAUUCGGCAAGGCGACGAAGACCGGCAGACUCAUCGCUCAAUGGAACAUCAAGAACCUCCAUUAGAGAAGGCACCCCUUCUCUCACAUUUGCCACGCCCAGUGUUACUUCCAGACCCUACAAUGCGUCAUCCAGGCCGGGAUGCAGUCAGUGAGAGUGCAGGGGCCAACACCGAGAGGGCAACUUCUCCGCAACAAAAGGACUCUCGAAUGACGGUGUCGAGUUUGUUGGACUGA